AUGGCUACUGAUGGUGGUGAAGCUGGUCAAGCAACUAGUACGGGUGACCCGAGUAGAAAAUAUGGCACACAAGAUCCGGCCAACAAAAACUGGUGGACUUGCAAGUUCUGUGGAAAACCUUCAACCGGUGGCGUAUACCGGCUGAAGCAACACUUAAUUGGUGGGUUUAGAAACGUUGCAUCAUGUGGUAGGUGUCCCGAAAAUGUACGCCAAGAGAUGAAAGACUUUAUGUUGAAAAAAGCUAAGGGUAAACAAUCAUAUGACCCCAUGGUUGAUGAUUAUGAUUUUGGUGAUGAAGAGGACGAAGAAUGUGUCGUGACGAAGGUGAAGAGGACAAGUGGUUCGAGCCAAGCAAAUGCGCCAAAAAAGCCAAGGCAAAAAGGACUUAUUGAUGCGUUUUAUCCUCCUAACCCUUUAGACAUACUAAAAGGUAGGAAAGGAGGAAAACAACAAACCAUAAAUGAAAUUUGUAAAAAAGAAUUGAGGGACAAAGUUUGCAUGGAGAUUGCUCGGUGGUUUUAUGACGCGGGUAUUCCUUUUCACGGGGCCACCUAUGAUAGCUUUCAUAUUAUGUUGGAAGCUGUGGCACAGUUUGGUCCGGGAUUCCGAGCACCUACUAUGUACGAAUUGAGGGUGCCUUUACUUACAAAAGAAGUAAAGGACACUAAAUUGGAGAUUGAUAAUCACAAAAAGGAAUGGGCUGCCAAAGGAUGUUCUAUUUUAUCAGAUGGAUGGUGUGAUUCGACUGUCCAAAAAGAUAUUAUCAACUUCUUGGUUAAUUCUCCUAAAGGGUCGGUGUUUGUGAAGUCGAUAGAUGUAUCAGAGAUCACGAAGGAUGCUCAUCAGUUGUUGGGGAUGCUUGAAGAAAUGGUGGAUGAAGUAGGAGAGGAAAACGUGGUGCAAGUGGUGACGGAUAAUGCAUCCAAUUAUAAAUCGGCAGGUACGUACUUAGAAGCUUCAAGAAAGCAUUUGUACUGGACACCAUGUGCAGCCCAUUGUAUUGAUCUUAUGUUAGAGGAUAUAGGGAAGAUUCCAAAGAUCAAGGAGUGUUUGAAAAAUGCAAUGUUCGCGAAUGCAUAUAUAUAUAAUCAUACUAAACUUGUGAAUCUGAUGAGAAGAUUCACGAAUCAAAGAAAUUUGCAUAGGCCCGCGGUGACACGGUUUGCAACAUCAUUCAUCACCCUUGCGCAAAUGCACAAGCAAAAGAACAAUUUGCUAAAGAUGGUCUUGUCCGAUGAACGGAGGGUUGGCAAAUGGGCGAAGGAAGCGGGUGGGAGGAAAGUAGCAUCUACCUUUCAACAAGAAAGAUUUUGGAGAAACAUUGUUUAUGCUCUCAAGUUGACAGGACCGCUUGUUAAAGUUCUUAGGAUUGUUGAUGGGGAUAAAAAACCUGCCAUGGGGUACAUCUAUGACGCUAUGACAAGGGCUAAGGAAGCCAUUGCAGCUAGUUUUUUGAAUAGAAAAACGGAGUAUAAAAAAGCCUUUGCGAUCAUUGACAAAAGAUGGGAAUGUCAGCUUCAUAGGCCUUUACAUGCUGCUGAAUUUUUUUUGAAUCCGGAAAUGUAUUAUGACAAUCAAGAGAAAGCAAGUGGUGGACCGAUUAGGCGAGGUUUAAUUGACUGUAUUGGAAGGUUAGUUGCUGAUCCACAUACUCAAGACAUAAUCAGCAGCCAGUUGGAUUCAUAUCAAGAGGCAAUAGGUGUUUUUGGCAAUCCAAUGGCUAUACGUCAAAGAAAGACGAGAUCACCAGCGGAUUGGUGGGCUAGUUAUGGAUGUGAUACCCCGGAGUUGCAAAAGUUUGCCAUUCGGAUUCUUAGUCUCACAUGUAGUGCCACGGGUUGUGAGAGAAAUUGGAGUGUCUUCCAACAACUUCAUACUAAAAGAAGAAACCGAUUGGCACAAAAACGAUUAAAUGACUUGGUGUAUGUAAAGUUUAAUCGUGGAUUGAAACAACGAUAUGAAAGAAGGAACACCACUGACCCUAUACUUUUACAAGAAAUUGAUGAUAGUAACGAGUGGGUCAUGGGUGUUAUGGAUGAUGAGAAUGAGGAGACUUCAGAGGUUGUGUUUGAUGAUGAUAGUGGUUUGACAUGGCGUGUUGUUGAGAAGGCUUCGGGGGCAUCUGAACCGAUAUAUGCAACAAGAUCAAGUACACAACAACAAUCCAAAAAAAAGGAUCCUUCUUCCUCGACCCCUACUCCUAGUGUACCACCACCUAAGAAAGCACCAUCUAAAAGACUACAUGAAUUGAUUGAUGAAGGUAUUCAAGAUGAUGAAGAAAUCGAAGAAGAACUUGGCUUGAGUGAAGAUGAUGGCGAAGAUGUGGUACUUGGAGCUGACGAUGAUCAUGGAGAUAGUGAAGAAGACUACUAGUUUGGCUAUAUUGUCGUUUUUGAUUACCUAUUCUAAAGUUGCAAACACUUAAGCAACCUUCUUUUGAUU